AUGUCUCAGCAUCCUUUUGGAUUUAAUAAUCGCCAGUACAGCUUGGAUAGUGUGUACAAUGAACGGGCUGCUCCUCGAAUGUCGCAGUUCUACUAUGAUGCACGCCACCAUCAUCCGGUUAUCCCGGUCUCCGGGACUGGAGCUCCCCACUACGCUCAGGUGGGUUGUCAAGACACAGCAUUUGCUAAUUUCGCGGCCCGUGGACUAGUCAAGUCGACGGGCUGUUUAUGGGCUGGCGGGGCGCCGGGAUUGAUUUGGUAG